UUGAAGAAAAUGUUACUUCUGACGGUGACAUCGCUCUAUUCACCGAUAAGCAUCAUGGCAUCUCCUGAGUUGGCCCUCGUGACUGUACUGUCACUCCUCUUUCUGGGUCAAGUCAGUUUCGCAGAAACAGUCAACGAGCAGAUCAAAGUGUGUCAAACCUUUGGCAGUGGUGUUGUUGAGCCAUUCAGAGGCAUUCCGUUUCAUUUGUCUACUACCUGCCCGACCACCCUCCUGCACUUCAUUCAUAAAGAUGUGGAGUACAAGAUCAUUAUCACUCACAGUUUAAAAACCGGUCUGAUCAAAAAAGUUGAGUUCAUUCUUAAUAAAUUGAUAACUGUCGUGACAGAUGGAAUGAUAACUGUGGAGGAUAAAAGUGUUUCUCUUCCUUAUGAUCACAUGUAUAAGCAUAUCCACCCAUAUGGCAUCUACACUAAGCUGAAAAGCAAGAUUCUGGAACUGUCUGUCAUCUGGCGUUUUGCUGGCAGUGAGAUUGAUUACCUCUGGGUGGAGCUGAGUGAAAGCAAUAUUGAGGAGAAAGAUGCGCUUUGUUGGCAAGGAGGCACAAGCGAAAAUGUAGACAUUAGUCCAUCAAGGUUUAUCUAUAAAACGGAGGAAUGCCAGACCCGAACCUCCAUAACCUUAGGAAUGAGCUGCAAGUUUCUGUCACACUUUUAUGGGUGUUUCAUUGAAAAUGAUGACAUACCUAACCCAUUUCAAAAAUAUAGUUCACUUUGCAAAGCAAAUAUUUACUACUAUGAAAAUACGAAGACCCUGGAGUGUGCAUUUUACAGUGCCAUAAAACGUUACUGUGAUAUGGAAACGUAUGAACCUGGAUGGAAAGCAUCAAAAUGCCCUAAGCCCACUUGUCCUGGUGACCUGAUAUAUAUGGAGCAGGGUAAUCCCUUCACGCCUACCUGCUCCCACCCCAACUUCAUAAACAGUGAAAACACAGUCGAAACUUGUGUGUGCCCAGCUGGUAAGGUCCUCAACAAUUUUGAGAAUAGUAGUCGGUGUAUACCAAAGGAGGAAUGUCCUUGUGUAUACGGUGGGAAGAUCUUUGCACAAGGUGAAAAUCGGAUGACAAAAUGUCAGUCGUGUACCUGCGAAAAUGGUGCAUGGACAUGCAUAAAGGAGAACUGCCAAAAAAGGUGUAUAAUUGAAGGAGGAUCUGUGACAACAUAUGAUGGUAAACAGUACAUGCUGCCAAAAGCAUGCACUUAUGUGGCAUCUCAGGGACUCAACUGGACUAUCAUCAUUGAAUUAUCCGAGGACUUAUUUUUGGGAAAAGUUAUUCUUCAAAUUGAACAGAAAACAUAUACUUUCUCCAAAGAUAGUGUAAAAUUUGAAAAUGAAGAAAUCCUUGAGCUUCAUUUGACUGAACAUGUGAUGGUAUUCUGGCAGUCUUCAAUGUAUGUUCAAGUGCAAACCUCCUUUGGCAUGAAGAUCCAAGUCCAAGUUAAACCAAAGGUUCAGUUGUAUGUAACACUACCUAAAAGUGAAUCUGGAAAAGUUAAAGGUCUGUGUGGGAACCACAAUGAUGACACCAGAGAUGACUUCAUAGGCAGGUCUGAAAUCAGAGAGAGUGUGGCAGAAUAUUUUGCUCUCUCCUGGGUAAUGGGCACGUGUAACAGCAAAACGCCUGGCAUCUGCAACAGCGAUGUUGAUAAAUAUGCCCAUCAGGACUGUUCUUACCUGAUGGACCCCAGUGGGAUAUUUGCAAGUUGCCACAAUGAAGUUCCCAGUGAGGAUUAUGUCAAGGCUUGUGAGAAGAUAGUCUGCAACUGUGAAGGCAACAAGGACUGUCUGUGUGUUGCCCUUGGCAACUAUGCCAAAGCCUGUUUAAAUCAGGGCAUUGAUGUGGGGGACUGGAGAAAUACUACAUCAUGCGUGGAACCUUGUAACAGUGGCCAGAUGUUUUCUUAUGACGCACGGUCCUGCAACUCCACCUGCCAAUCUCUAGCGGGGCCUGAUCCCGCCUGUGAUGUACACGAUGCCCCUGUUGAAGGAUGUGGCUGCCCACAUGGUUCUCUCCUGAACAGUGAUGGCACAUGUACCACUCGGUCAGAAUGCCAGUGUUACUACCUGGGGAAAACUCUGAAACCAGGGAAUCAUUUUAUUGGAAAAACAAAAUGCAAUUGUAAAGAUGGAAAACUUGACUGCCCUGAACCACUUGGCUGCUCACAUGGAAAGACAUAUGUAAAUUGCUAUAAUUCAUCAAUUAACACAGUAAAUAGAAAAUGUGCCUCCUUGGGCAUGCCUGAGAUUAUGAGUACAAUCUGUGAGAGUGGCUGUUAUUGCCCAGACGGACAAUAUGAAGACCAUAAUGGGACUUGUGUGGCACCUGCAGACUGCCCUUGUCUGUUCAGCGGUGUGGCAUACAAAUCUGGGGAGACUGUUACAUACGACUGUCAGGCAUGCACCUGUAAGGGGGGACUUUGGGCCUGUGUGGAAGAGGCGUGUUCUGGGAACUGUGAGGUGUUUGGGAAUGGGCAUUACAAGACGUUUGACUCAAAGUGGUACAACUUUGAUGGGAACUGCGAGUACACUCUGGUGGAGGAUGACUGUGGCAGUGGACACAGGACCUUCUCCAUCAGAGCAGAGAGUGUCCCCUGCUGUGAGGAGAGGUUGACAUGCUCCCGCCGAAUCACUUUGGAACUGCAGGGUAAAGACACUCUGAACUUACACGAUUUGGAAGUGGGGCAGAUUGGCAACGACACACAGCUUCUAUACUCAGUUCACACCGUUGGCCUGUACUUCGAAAUCAGGAUUCCCAGUCUGGACAUCACCCUCACAUGGGACAAGCACACCAGACUUAUAAUCACCCUUGGGAAAAGGUGGAAGAACAAGGUUUGUGGCCUCUGUGGGAACUUCAACAACAAUGAGCAGGACGAUUUGCAGAUACGGGGGUCAAAGGAGAAGACAGAUGCCCUGACAUCUGGAAACAGCUGGAAGAUGCCUGUCCCACAAUGCUCGGAUGCAACUGAAGUGCAGUUUAACUGUGUCCACUUCUCCUACUGCGCUAAUUGGGCAGAGCGACGAUGCAAGAUCAUCUCUAGCGACAUCUUCACAGCCUGUCACCAAAAGGUGGAUUAUAUUCCAUACUAUAAAGCAUGUGUGGAGGAGUCCUGCUCCUGCAGUGCUGAUCAAGCAUCCCAUGGUUUCUGCACAGCUGUAGCAGCAUUUGCAGAAGCUUGCUGUGAGGCGGGUGUCACUGUGAACUGGCGGACUCCCGAACGGUGUCCGAUAUAUUGCGAUUACUACAAUGAACAGAAUCCACAAAGCUCAGAUGCCACAUGGCACUACAAAUCAUGUGGUCCACUUGACAUCAAGAUCUGUGGUAAAAACUACAUCUCCAGAAAACUGGAAGGCUGUUACCCAACAUGUCCAGAAGAUUUCCCUUACUUUGAUGAAAACACAAAGAAAUGUUCCAAAACCUGUACUACAACAACAGUAUCUCCAACAACAACAACGGAAUCAACAACCACAGUAACAGAACCUCCAACAACUACAACAGAAUCAACAACAGUAUCUCCUACAACUGUGACUGAAUCAACAGCCACGCCAACAGUAACUCCAACAAUCGCAACUACAAUAACUACAAUUAGAUCAACAAUAACACCAACAAUUACUUCAACACCUUCAACGGAAUCAACAACCACAGUAACAGAACCUCCAACAACUACAACGGAAUCAACAACAGUAUCUCCAACAACUGUGACUGAAUCAACAGCCACACCAACAGUGACUCCAACAACUGCAACUACAAUAACUACAGUUGGAUCAACAAUAACACCAACAAUUACUUCAACACCUUCAACGGAAUCAACAACCACAGUAACAGAACCUCCAACAACCACAACAGGAUCAACAACAGUAUCUCCAACAACCGCAACUACAAUAACCACAAUUAGAUCAACAAUAACACCAACAAUUACUUCAACGGAAUCAACAACCGCAGUAACAGAACCCAUAACAACUACAACGGAAUCAACAACAGUAUCUCCAACAACUGUGACUGAAUCAACAGCUACACCAACAGUAACUCCAACAACUGCAACUACAAUAACUACAAUUAGAUCAACAAUAACACCCACAAUUACUUCAACACCUUCAACAGAAUCAACAACCACAGUAACAGAACCUCCAACAACUACAACGGAAUCAACAACAGUAUCCCCCACAACUGUGACUGAAUCAACAGCCACACCAACAGUAACUCCAACAACUGCAACUACAAUAACCACAAUUAGAUCAACAAUAACACCAACAAUUACUUCAACAGAAUCAACAGAAUCAACAACCACAGUAACAGAACCUCCAACAACUACAACGGAAUCAACAACAGUAUCUCCAACAACUGUGACUGAAUCAACAGCUACACCAACAGUAACUCCAAUAACUGCAACUACAAUAACUACAGUUGGAUCAACAAUAACACCCACAAUUACUUCAACACCUUCAACAGAAUCAACAACCACAGUAACAGAACCUCCAACAACUACAACGGAAUCAACAACAGUAUCUCCAACAACUGUGACUGAAUCAACAGCCACACCAACAGUGACUCCAACAACUGCAACUACAAUAACUACAGUUGGAUCAACAAUAACACCAACAAUUACUUCAACAGAAUCAACAGAAUCAACAACCACAGUAACAGAACCUCCAACAACUACAACGGAAUCAACAACAGUAUCUCCAACAACUGUGACUGAAUCAACAGCCACACCAACAGUGACUCCAACAACUGCAACUACAAUAACUACAAUUGGAUCAACAAUAACACCAACAAGUACUUCAACACCUUCAACGGAAUCAACAACCACAGUAACAGAACCUCCAACAACCACAACAGGAUCCACAACAGUAUCUCCAACAACUGUGACUGAAUCAACAGCUACACCAACAGUGACUCCAACAACUGCAACUACAAUAACUACAGUUGGAUCAACAAUAACACCAACAAUUACUUCAACACCUUCAACGGAAUCAACAACCACAGUAACAGAACCUCCAACAACCACAACAGGAUCAACAACAGUAUCUCCAACAACUGUGACUGAAUCAACAGCCACACCAACAGUGACUCCAACAACUGCAACUACAAUAACUACAAUUGGAUCAACAAUAACACCAACAAUUACUUCAACACCUUCAACAGAAUCAACAACCACAGUAACAGAACCUCCAACAACUACAACGGAAUCAACAACAGUAUCCCCCACAACUGUGACUGAAUCAACAGCCACACCAACAGUAACUCCAACAACUGCAACUACAAUAACCACAAUUAGAUCAACAAUAACACCAACAAUUACUUCAACAGAAUCAACAGAAUCAACAACCACAGUAACAGAACCUCCAACAACUACAACGGAAUCAACAACAGUAUCUCCAACAACUGUGACUGAAUCAACAGCUACACCAACAGUAACUCCAAUAACUGCAACUACAAUAACUACAGUUGGAUCAACAAUAACACCCACAAUUACUUCAACACCUUCAACAGAAUCAACAACCACAGUAACAGAACCUCCAACAACUACAACGGAAUCAACAACAGUAUCUCCAACAACUGUGACUGAAUCAACAGCCACACCAACAGUGACUCCAACAACUGCAACUACAAUAACUACAGUUGGAUCAACAAUAACACCAACAAUUACUUCAACAGAAUCAACAGAAUCAACAACCACAGUAACAGAACCUCCAACAACUACAACGGAAUCAACAACAGUAUCUCCAACAACUGUGACUGAAUCAACAGCCACACCAACAGUGACUCCAACAACUGCAACUACAAUAACUACAAUUGGAUCAACAAUAACACCAACAAGUACUUCAACACCUUCAACGGAAUCAACAACCACAGUAACAGAACCUCCAACAACCACAACAGGAUCCACAACAGUAUCUCCAACAACUGUGACUGAAUCAACAGCUACACCAACAGUGACUCCAACAACUGCAACUACAAUAACUACAGUUGGAUCAACAAUAACACCAACAAUUACUUCAACACCUUCAACGGAAUCAACAACCACAGUAACAGAACCUCCAACAACCACAACAGGAUCAACAACAGUAUCUCCAACAACUGUGACUGAAUCAACAGCCACACCAACAGUGACUCCAACAACUGCAACUACAAUAACUACAAUUGGAUCAACAAUAACACCAACAAUUACUUCAACACCUUCAACGGAAUCAACAACCACAGUAACAGAACCUCCAACAACCACAACAGGAUCCACAACAGUAUCUCCAACAACUGUGACUGAAUCAACAGCUACACCAACAGUAACUCCAACAACUGCAACUACAAUAACUACAGUUGGAUCAACAAUAACACCAACAAUUACUUCAACACCUUCGACAGAAUCAACAACCACAGUAACAGAACCUCCAACCACUACAACGGAAUCAACAACAGUAUCUCCAACAACUGUGACUGAAUCAACAGCUACACCAACAGUAACUCCAACAACUGCAACUACAAUAACUACAAUUGGAUCAACAAUAACACCAACAAUUACUUCAACACCUUCAACGGAAUCAACAACCGCAGUAACAGAACCUCCAACAACCACAACAGGAUCAACAACAGUAUCUCCAACAACUGUGACUGAAUCAACAGCCACACCAACAGUAAGUCCAACAACCGCAACUACAGUAACCACAAUUAGAUCAACAAUAACACCAACAAUUACUUCAACAGAAUCAACAGAAUCAACAACCACAGUAACAGAACCUCCAACAACUACAACGGAAUCAACAACAGUAUCUCCAACAACUGUGACUGAAUCAACAGCUACACCAACAGUAACUCCAAUAACUGCAACUACAAUAACUACAGUUGGAUCAACAAUAACACCCACAAUUACUUCAACACCUUCAACAGAAUCAACAACCACAGUAACAGAACCUCCAACAACUAAAACGGAAUCAACAACAGUAUCUCCAACAACUGUGACUGAAACAACAGCUACACCAACAGUAACUCCAACAACUGCAACUACAAUAACUACAAUUGGAUCAACAAUAACACCAACAAUUACUUCAACACCUUCAACGGAAUCAACAACCACAGUAACAGAACCUCCAACAACCACAACAGGAUCAACAACAGUAUCUCCAACAACUGUGACUGAAUCAACAGCCACACCAACAGUGACUCCAACAACUGCAACUACAAUAACUACAGUUGGAUCAACAAUAACACCCACAAUUACUUCAACACCUUCAACGGAAUCAACAACCACAGUAACACAACCUCCCACAACUACAACGGAAUCAACAACAGUAUCUCCAACAACUGUGACUGAAUCAACAGCCACACCAACAGUAACUCCAACAACUGCAACUACAAUAACUACAAUUGGAUCAACAAUAACACCAACAAUUACUUCAACACCUUCAACGGAAUCAACAACCACAGUAACAGAACCUCCAACAACCACAACAGGAUCAACAACAGUAUCUCCAACAACUGUGACUGAAUCAACAGCCACACCCACAGUAAGUCCAACAACUGCAACUACAAUAACUACAGUUGGAUCAACAAUAACACCAACAAUUACUUCAACACCUUCAACGGAAUCAACAACCACAGUAACAGAACCUCCAACAACUACAACGGAAUCAACAACAGUAUCUCCAACAACUGUGACUGAAUCAACAACCACACCAACAGUAACUUCAGCAAGUACAACGGAAUCAACAACAGUAUCUCCAACAACUGUGACUGAAUCAACAACCACACCAACAGUAACUCCAACAACCGCCACUACAGUAACUACAAUUGUAUCAACAAUAACACCAACAAUUACUUCAACGACAACUGAAUCAGCAACUACAACAGUAGUUUGCUUCUGCAGGGAUGAGAAGAAUCUCAGAAACUGGAGCUGUGGCCAAACUUGGACCGAGAAUUGCAUCCAAUAUGCUUGUAAUAAUCGGACAAUUUUCCAAGAUAAGGUCAGCUGUCCACCAGAGGUCAAGCCUGACUGCCCAAAUGGGAAGCUGACGAGUGUCCCAACUGAUGAUUGCUGUCAGACCUGGAAGUGUGUCUAUUGCUCCUGCUGGGAUGAGACGAAGCUCAGAAACCGGACCUGCGGCCAAACUUGGACCGAGAAUUGCAUCCAAUAUACUUGUAAUAAUGGGACAAUUUUCCAAAAUAAGGUCAGCUGUUCGCCAGAGGUCACGCCUGACUGCCCAAAUGGGAAGAUGAGGAGUGUCCGAACUGAUGAUUGCUGUCAGACCUGGGAGUGUGACUGUCAAUGUCAGGUGUAUGGAGACCCUCACUACAUUACUUUUGAUGGAACACCCUACGACUUCCUAGAGGACUGUUCCUAUAUCCUGGUGGAAGAGAAAAAGCAAAAACAUAAUUUCUCUGUCAUUGUGGACAACUUCAAUUGCGUUGCAAAUGCCUCCUGUGUCAGGGCAGUCCGAGUGCAGUAUGGCAAAAAUAUUAUUACCCUCAGCAUCGUUUCUAACAGGCUAAUUGUGUCUGAAUUCAACAAUGUGAACGUCCCACAACCAUAUGAGAACCAGGGGAUCAGAAUUACAACAACCAAUUGGAAGGUUUCUAUUUACAUCGAUGCAAUUCGUUCAUAUGUUUCCCUCACACCGAGGAGAGUACUGGUCGUCAAUCUGGCAAUGGCUUACUUUCAUGGAAAUACGCAGGGACAGUGUGGUGAAUGCGGUGGUGGCGCUUGUGUUCGCAGAAAUGGCGACGUCGAACCUGAUACUUGUUGUGACAAGACUGCUUAUAGUUGGUUAUACGAAGAAAAAGAAAAACCUCAUUGUAAAGUCAAAGACGUGUCCUGUAAUACCACUAUUACUGUUCCACAGUGUUACAGCAAACGCGUGCCUUUAUGUGAACUUUUUAAUCAUAAAGCCUUUAAGGAAUGCAGUAAAAAGGUGGACCUGACUCUGCUGAAGAAGAACUGCCUGUUUGAUUCCUGUAUGGCAAAAAAUAACAGCAUUGAUUGCGAAGUACUGGAAAAAGCAGCGUCAGAUUGCCAGAAUGCUGGAUUCUGUGUGGAUUGGAGACCCCUGACUAAUGGAUCCUGUGAUGUCAAAUGUCCAGAAGGGAUGAUUUACAAAGAGUGCCCAUCAACACCAACCACUAUCUGUGAAGGAGGGCGUAUUAGCACAAAAAUCAUGGAUACACCAACAGCUGGAUGCUUCUGUCCUGGCAACAAACACCGUGCUGGAGGAUACACACACACCUGCGUCUCAGACUGCACCGACUGUGUGGGACCUCAUGGAGAGCCUAAAGAGCCUGGUGAUGUGUGGGAGGCCAACUGCUACCUUUGCACAUGUGACAAGAUAACCCUGACACAGAGAUGUGAACCCAAAACCCGCUCAUCUCUUCCCACCUGCCAGGAUAACGAGACGCUGGUCAGAUUCAACUCGACUGGCUGCUGCAAUAUGGCUGUCUGCGUCGAGAAGACCUGUGAACACAGGGGACAUACAUAUAAGAUUGGAGAGCGUUGGAGUGACUCCGCCCAGCCCUGUGUCUUGUACAGCUGUGAGAUAAGCGGGAUUACAAUAGAGAAUAAACUUUGUGCUGAAGAACAGUGUCUUGAGGGAUCCAGAGUUUGUGAUAAACAGAAAGGCUGCUACACAUGCAAAAAUACCUGCAGUCCGAGAAUGUCCAGAGUGAACGUUACAAUAGAUGGCAAGUGCACAGAUGAGGUUGAGCUUCCUGUGUGUGAAGGCCAGUGCACAUCACAUUCUCGAUGGAAUGAUUCAGAAUUAAGAAUGGAGAAAGAAUGCCAGUGCUGCCAGGAGAAGACAUCCCAAGAGAAGAGUAUUACCUUGAAGUGCAAAGGGGGAUCCAAGAACACAUUCACGUACAAGCACAUCGUAGACUGCGAGUGCCAACUCUGUCACUAGCGAAAUGUGACAGUGUCUGUCACUAGUGACAAAAGAGAAAUAUCCAUCUCACUCUUGUACUCAUUUAAAUCAUUGCGAAAUCUUUGAUGAGUUGAUUUUAAUUUUACUGUUUUAAUUUUACUAUCUCAGACUGCGGAUGUAAUUCUAUUAGUAGUCAACCAUUUCAAAUCAAAUAUUUUAAAAUCAAAAUAAACUACUUCUCUGCAAU